GGUCAGUGCAGGACAGACAUGCAGGCUCAGGAUGUCCUGAGACAGCUGCGGAUUCCUGAGCUGGAUGACAUUCGACAAUAUGUCCGAGGCCUUCCCACAAAUACGCUCAUGGGUAUGGGAGCCUUCGCUGCCCUCACCACCUACUGGUUUGCCACCCGACCAAAAGCCAUCAAACCGCCAUGUGACCUCGGACUCCAAUCAGUGGAAAUACCAGGUGGAGAAUAUGCCAGAAGAUCAGUGCUGACUGAGGAGUGCUUGACAUACUACUACAGCGAUACACUUACGGUAUAUGAUGCGUUCAUGAGAGGACUCCGGGUAUCAAAUAAUGGACCUUGCCUUGGUUCAAGGAAGCCAAACCAGCCAUAUGAGUGGCUGUCCUAUAAAGAGGUCGUAGACAGAGCAGAGAACAUCGGAUCUGCCCUCCUUCACAGAGGACUCUCUCACACGGGAGACAAAUUUGUCGGCAUCUUUUCCCAGAACAGACCAGAGUGGACCAUUUCAGAGCUGGGCUGUUACACAUACUCCUUAGUGGCUGUCCCACUUUACGACACACUUGGCAAGGAGGCUAUUGGCUACAAAAUCAAGAAAGCUUGCAUAUCUACAGUGUUCUGCGAUGUGCCUGAGAAGGCUCGGAUGAUUCUGGAAUGUAUAGCUGAAAAAGAGAGUACUCUAAAGACUAUAGUUCUCAUAGAGGCUUUUGACCGUGAUUUGGUGGCCCAGGGAAAGGGGUGUGGAGUUGAAAUCCUGAGUUUUAAGGAGGUUGAGGCUCUGGGUAAAGCCAACCUUAAGAAACCAGUGCCUCCAAAACCAGAGGAUCUCGCAAUUGUUUGCUUCACAUCUGGAACCACGGGAAACCCUAAGGGAGCACUGAUCACUCAUGAAAACGUCAUCUCAGAUGCUGCAGCCGUCAUUAAAAGUUUAGAGAGAACAUUUACACCCAGCACCAAAGAUGUGCUCAUCUCCUUUCUCCCUCUGGCACAUAUGUUCGAGAGGUUGGUGGAGGUAAAUGCCAUCAACAUCCAUGACACGCAUGCAUCCUAUCUCCCCCUAGCUCACAUGUUUGAACGGGUUCUGGGGUGUGUUCUCCAAAUGCAGGGCGGCCGAAUAGGAUUUUUCCAAGGGGACAUUAGACUGUUGAUGGAUGAUCUGAAAAUGCUGCAGCCAACGGUAUUUCCUGUUGUCCCUCGCCUCCUCAACCGCAUGUUUGACAAGGUUUUCAGUCAGGCCAACACACCGCUGAAAAGAUGGCUCCUGGAUUUUGCCUUCAGAAGGAAAGAAUCUGACCUUAAAAAUGGAUUGGUCAGAUCAGACACCAUUUGGGACAAACUCAUUUUCAAAAAAGUACAGGCGAGUUUAGGAGGUCGUGUUAGAAUUAUGAUCACAGGGGCUGCCCCCGUGUCCCCAACCAUCCUGACCUUUCUCCGAGCUGCCCUCGGGUGUCACUUCUAUGAAGGCUAUGGUCAGACUGAAUGUUCAGGUGGAAUCUCCAUGACGCUACCUGGAGACUGGUCAGCUGGUCAUGUUGGGCCUCCUCUAUGCUGCAAUAUUAUAAAACUUGUAGAUGUGGCAGAAAUGAAUUACCUGGCAGCCAAUGGAGAAGGAGAGGUGUGUAUCAAAGGGCCGAAUGUAUUCCGGGGAUACUUAAAGGAGCCUGAGAAAACCGCUGAGACGAUCGACAAGGAGGGCUGGCUGCACACAGGGGACAUUGGGAAAUGGCUUCCUAAUGGUACUCUGAAGAUCGUCGACAGAAAGAAAAACAUCUUCAAGCUGGCACAAGGAGAGUACAUUGCGCCUGAGAAAAUUGAGACCAUUUACAGUCGCUGCGAUCCCGUGGCUCAGAUAUUUGUUCAUGGUGACUGCCUACAGGCAUGCCUGGUGGGGAUUGUGGUACCCGAUCCAGACUUUUUACCUAUUUGGGCCAGGAAAAGAGGGUUUGAAGGGUCUUUCUCUGAACUGUGCAAUAACAAGGAGGUGAAGGCAGCCAUUCUGGAGGACAUGGUGAAUUUGGGCAAAGAAUCAGGACUCAAGUCAUUCGAGCAGGUGAGGGAUAUUGCUUUGCAUCCUGAGAUGUUCACUGUCCAGAACGGGCUGCUGACUCCCACCCUGAAGUCCAAAAGGCCUCAGCUUCAAAAGCGCUUCAGAGAACAGAUUGACAACCUUUAUGCCAGGAUUAAAAUGUGA